UUUUGGUAGCAUAAUCAAAUGAAUGGAAGGGGCAUUUACUAUUGGCCAGACGGAAGGAAUUAUGAUGGGGAGUACUUAAAUGAUAAGAAACAUGGAUUUGGAGUGUAUAAAUGGAAUGAUGGUCGAUGCUAUGAAGGAUAUUGGUUAUAAGGGAAGCAACAUGGAAUAGGAAGGUAUAUGUUAAACGAUGGACAGAGUUAAGUCGGAGUUUGGGAGAAUGGGAUAAGAAAAAAAUGGUUAGAAGGAGAAAGUAAAAUAGAGAGACCUAAGGAUUGGGAUAAAUAUGUUCAUCCGAAAUUAGAAGACUUUUAAUGA